UCAAAACGCUCCUCAUAAACUUUUUAUUAAAGUGGUUCAUAAAUCCAGAAAGAAUUGAAGUCGACAAACAAAUGACUAUCGUGCUGUCACCUUCUCGACGAAAAAAGAAUACCAAAAUAGUCCAUUGACAACGCAAGGUUCCACGUUCCGAAUGGUCAAAUGACUCAUUCAUUCCAUCUUAAAAAAAGUUCACCAUCAAUCAACAGAAAAAAAAUAAUCGUCUGUCACGAAGAAUUUAUUUCACUGUAAUAUUAUUUUUGUUGUAAAAUAAUAAUAGAUUAGUAAAAAAAUUCCUUUGUUUUCCUGUUUCGCGUAAUUUAAACAAUAAUUGCAACCAUGUUAGAUGUCUGUCCGUAGCAGUGAAUAUAACAUUACUCCGUCAUCGUGCGAUUGUCCCAAGUGCUCCGUGUCUUAUUUAACUUUGUGAAAACAUUUCUGUGAAUUGCGAUGUUGUGCAGAUAGUCAAUUGUUGUGUACCGCGUGUGAAAUGUCACAACAUGGAUGCCCAGAGAGACUGUCGAAUAGAUCUAAAGGUUUCCAGGAUGACGGACCGAGCCAGUCUACGAUGGAGGUUCUUGUGGAGACACUCACUGGAACCGCAUUUGAAAUGACCGUGUUGCCCACGGACACCAUAUUUGCCAUUAAAUCGAAGAUAUUCAGGGUUGAAGGUAUCCCGGUGUCCCAGCAGCACCUGCUGUACAACCUGAAGGAGCUGGAGGACUCGUCGUCCUUGCGCGAGCACUGCAUCGGCGACGGCGCGCGACUGCGGCUGGUGCUGGGCAUGCGCGGCGGGCCCAUCUCCACGCGCCGCCUGCCGCCGCCGCCCAACGCCGAGCCCUGGCGCGACAUCGAGCGCCUGCUCGACACCAACAGAGAUGACGUGGACUGGGGCAGCAGCGGCUGCAAGGUGACGGUGCUGGUGUUCCGCGACGGCGAGCGCGUCAACAUGCUGCGCGUCAAGGAGAACCACGACGGGACGUACUCGCCGCUCGAACACAACAAAUUCUCUUCGGCGUCUACAUCCCUGACGCAGCUGGUGGAGCGCGAGGCCCCGCGGGCGGGCGGGGCCGGGGCCGGGGCCGGGGCCGCGUCGGGGGCCGGGGCCGGGGCCGGCUCGCUGCACGACAACGCCGUCACCAUGACCAAGAUGCUGGAGCUGCGCCGCCGCAUGGAGGCGCUCUCCGUACAACGGCCCGCGCACGACCACAGACAAGAUAAAGUAGACAUUCAGAAGACAAGGAGCGAGGAAACCCUAUCCGUCCCUAGUUUGUUAGACGACAGGCCGGGGCCGCUGAAGCAGCGCGCGGGCUCGUACGCGCUGAGCGAGGCGGACGCGUUCGCGCCGCUGUACGACGGCAACUACACGCGCUACGACUACGACUGCGCCUUCAGCGACCGCUACACGCUGCUGCCGCCGCUGGCGCCGCCCGAGCCCGACGCGCGCCUGCCCGACGACAUCCUGGAGGAGUGUCUGGAGCCCGACCAGCCGCCGCUGCCCAGCGCCAUGGCGCCCGUCUCCGCCGCCGACUACGCGGGCCCGCUGGUGUGCGGCUCGUCCCGCUCGUGGGUGUCGCUGGGCGGCGCGCGGGGCUCGUCGCAGUCGGCGUCGUCGCUGCAGGCGCGCGCGCCGCCGCCGCGCCGCCCCGCGCCGCUCGCCGACGCGCUGUUCUCCUCCUCCACCUCCGACCUCGAGAAGCUCAAGAGGAACAGCCGUAUCCUGCCGGCCCUGUCCCGCCACCGGCCGCGCGAGCACCUGCACCUCAGCGACGAGCGCCUCGAGGCGGCCGGGGCCGCGCCGCCCGCCGGGGCCGGGGCCGCGGGGGCGGGGGCCGGGGCCGGGGCCGCGGGGCCGGGCGAGGCGCGCAAGGCCCGCGCGCGCUGCGGGCUGUGCCGCAAGCGGCUGAGCAUCGCGACGCUGCACCGCUGCCGCUGCGGGGGCGCGUACUGCGCGCCGCACCGCUACGCGGAGGCUCACGGCUGCGCCUGGGACUACCGCAGCCCGCCGCGCGCCGACCCGCCGCCCGCCGCGCCCUACCUGCCGCGCAUCUAGCGCUCCUCCCGAGGGGGCUUUUCUAAUCAAAUCGUUGUGGAAACCCUAAAAAAAUCUAUGUAACGGUUCGCUCCCGGCGAGCCCGUCCGCGAGACGACCGCGCGGCGUCGGGAUCGGCGCUCAAAUUGUUAUAUUUUAUUACUAAGGACCGACCGAACGCCUCGACGUGUCGGAACUCGAGUUCCAAAUGAAAAAAUGAGUUAAUCCAGUACAAAUGAAAAAUAGAAAAUAUAGAAAACAAGUUAUUAUAAAAAGCAAGUCCGCCGCGGCGCCGUCGAGGCUCGGCCGGCGACGAUCCCUCCCCUUGUUGUUAUAGUGCGGACUCUUUUGAGUCGCUUGUUACGUGUCUUUUGUAAAUACUUUCAUAAGUAGUACUCGUAGUACAGGAAAGUAUCUGUAAUGUAAACAAAAGACUGCGAUAUGUAAAGUAAUGCGCGUCCGCCGGCGAGCCCGGGCGCGGCGGCGAGCGUCGUCCGCGAGACUCGGCCCGAUUGUUGUUGUAUAUUACUUUGUAUAACACUAGAUUAAUUAUUGCUUAAACAUAUUAAUUUUGUAUGAACUAUUAUAGUUGGCUGGUCGUGUAACGCUACUGAAUGUGUCGGAGUCCGUCGAGGACGCCCAGUGUUUGAAGAGAACGUUUGGCGGUGACGGCGGUCGUCUGAACGCGUUGAUGUUGUUCCAAAUCACUAAUAAGUAAUGUGUAUUAGGAGGUACUAACCACUUUCCAGUUAACAUUUCACACUUAAAUUGGCUUGCGCACCGCAGACGUUGUUCUCCAAACAUAAUGUACUGUUUAAUGGCCUGUACUGUAAAUAUUCGGGUUCUAUAUAGAUUAGAACUAUUGAUAGAUAUAUUUUGUUUCCAUAUAUUAGCAUAGAAUGUGACCCUCACAGACCACGGUACGCUGUGACGGUGCUCGGUGCAACACUACAGUCCACUCAUUAAUCAUUAUAUUGUCGGCUGAUUUGCCUAUUUUUUCGUAUUUGAUUGUAUAAUUUAAGUUUAUAGUUAAUGUUUAUUUGGGAGAAAUAAUUUUGGCUGAUUUCGAUAAUAAAUAUUUAUAACGCGAAAGCGUAAAAA